AUGCGCUGGCUGGCUCUCGUGUGCGGACCCCUUCUGGCUGCAGCCGUGCCGCGCUUCGACCCCACGGCCCUGCUCCAGGACGUGCUCAUACCCGCCGACGCCGCCGUCGGCAGCGUCGUCUACAGGUUGAGGGCGACCGACCCCUCUUUCGACUACCCUCUGGUGUUCACCGUCCUCGGCCAGUUCGGCACCGUCUCCGUGAACAGUCUCAACUGCACCAAGUUCAAUUCGGUAUGUCAGGCCAACGUGAUACUCAGGAGAACCCUUGAAAUAGGCCGAUUCUACGACUUCGCCGUGCAGGUGGAGAACCAAAAAGGAGAAACGGCGCAGUUGGAUUGUUCUUUUCGAGCCACCAACGCCACCACUCCUCUGGAGAAGAUUUUUCCAGGCGCGCCCAGCGUGUUGAUGAUCUCGGAAAGUGCCAGGAGGAAUACGGAUCUGGGCAGGAUCCUAGCCAAGGGGAAUCCGAAUAGGAAUAGGCCUGUUCUAUUAGAGUUGUGGGGGUCGCCCCAGUUUGGUUUGCGCCAGAAGCAAGUGACUGAUAGAGACACCGAGGGCACCAUUAUGCUGCUGAGUUCGUUGGAUUAUGAGACCAAGACUGUGCAUCAUUUGACCAUUUUAGCUAACGACCCAUGGACAAAUAUAGAAGAAGACACCCGAAACAUAGCAGGAUGGCCUUUACUAGUGGCAGUCGAAGACGAGCAAGAUACCCCACCAGUGUUCACCAUAGCACCCCCAACCACGACCCUUAGUCCAAGUCUGACUCCAGGUGAUCUAAUCCUCAGGGUACACGCUGAAGAUGGCGACAGGGGAAGCCCAAGAGACAUACGAUACGGACUUGUCGCCGAGGGAAAUCCUAUGGCCAAGUUUUUUAACAUUACCGAAGACAAAGGUGAAUUGCUGCUUGCCCGACCCCUUUCAGACAUACUCUCCGUUUCCCACACGGGCCAACCAAUUCUCCUCACGGUGACAGCUGAGGAAGUCCGUUCUAACCCCGAAGAGGCUCCAGCUCAGUCCUCGAGUGUGCAGUUGGCUGUGAUACCACCAGGCAUAACACCAGGUUCACCAACGUUCGGAGCCAUAGAAUACAACGCCUUGCUAGAUGAAAACUCUCCCACUGGGACUGUCUUGGAUUUACCCCAAGCUGAAAUCAAUACCCAACCUGGGGAUGUCGUUACUUUGGAACUAAUUAAUAACAAUGGUACUUUCGAUAUUUCUCCCAACGUGGUAAAUGGCCAUUCCAAGUUCCAAAUAACCGUCCACGACCCCAAACUGCUGGACUACGAACAGCGACAAUACGUGCAGUGCUACAUAGUGGCCAAAGAACUAGGAACGGGAAAUUUCACCGCAAAGGCAAAACUGACCGUGGUGCUAAACGACAUUAACGACAAUCCUCCAAAAUUCAUUAAAGACGAAUUCCACGGCAACGUAUACGAACACUCAAAUGUCAGUACAACUGUUUUAUUAGUGGAGGCGACGGAUGUAGACAGGGAACCAGGAAGCAAGAUAAGGUACACCAAAUUAACCGGUCCUGGGAGUGAAUUGUUCAAUUUAGAUCCAGAUACAGGAGUAAUAACUGUGGCGAACAGCCUAAAUUUAGACGCGGAAAAAUUUCCGAUUAUAACGAUGACAGUGGAAGCAGCUGAUGAAAAUGGAAACGGCCUUACCGCCACCUCUACGGUUGUUGUAAAUCUUUUGGACAUCAACGACCAAAACCCCACCUUUGAAAAAUCCGUGUAUGAAUUCAUUUUAAAUUCCGACAGAAUUAGUUUCACUACACCGGCCUUCGUCAAAGCUACUGACAGAGAUAUCAGCCCGCCCAACAACGUGAUCACCUAUCAGCUUGCAGAACCUCCAGAGGAGUUGGAUAUCGACGCAAAAACUGGUGAAUUGAAACUCGUUAAAGAGUGGGACAGAAAUCAAGUGACCAUCCUUAAAGCAAGGGCUAUAGAUGAAGGAUUACCGAGACGUUAUGGGGAAUGUGAAGUAAGGAUCUAUCCACCAGAAGGUCAAUCCGUCAAAAUCAUAUUCGUUGUUCCCGGAAAAAAUCCCGAUAAAGAGGCCAUAGAGAAGACUUUAAUUGCCUUGACGGGAGCUAGAGUUGCUGUUAAUAAGAUCAGGCCCUACACUGGGUACGAACCAGGCGCUGCUUACCUUUCCAAGGACACUACUGGUGAUAGGAGCGUGGUUGAGGCUACAGUAACUUCAUCUAAAGAUGCAGUGGUGGACGUUAACAACAUACAAAAAAUAUUCGACAGAGAAAACGAACAGAAUCAAUACCGCGAGAAAGAAAUAAUAAAAAUAAAAGAAAGCAGCAGUGGCGACCUCUUGUGGUUGUUAAUACUGUUCUUCAUACUAGUCAUAAUAGCAGCGAUUAUACUAAUAUUAUGCUGUUUGUGCAAACAGUGUCCUUUGUAUAUGUACGCCAAGAGGAAGAAAGACACUCCACAAGUGGAAAAAGUGGAAAAAAUAAAAAUAAUCGGCACCGGACAAGGCCGAGAGACGAAGUCAGUCCAAGUGGCCGAAUGGUUCGGAAGGAAGGAAGCCUGGACACCCGAACACGUCCUGGUUGACGCAGAAGCGGAGUCCCUAAGAAGACACGAAGUCGAAAGAGGGUCCGACCGAGGGGGCGCCAAGCGAACCAUCCACAGACAGAGCCAGAUCCAUCGAGAACCUUCCCGGGACCACUUGUACAUCCGAGAAGGCAACACUGACAUUCUUCGGUUAGUAACUCGCGGGGGAGAGCAGCAAAGGCCCGUCACGCUCAUCGCCGAACAAGCAUAUAUGGCUGACAGCGGCAAAGAUAUCCUGAUGCGACGUUUCAUUGACCAGCAGCAAGCUGAAGCGGCCAAGUCACAAGUUCUGCUACCCAACGCCGUGAACCGGCUGCAGACUGAACACGAGCUCCUGGAAGCAUCUCUACGACAGCAAAAUGCACUACUCCGUCAGAUCUUGCUGGAUCGCGAAAGGGAUCUGAGACUGGAGACACAGUCACUACCAGCGGGAACACAGACAGACCACGACGCUGGAACUCAAACAGAACCACAAUAUUUGCGACCACCGCGUCGUAAAGUCAGAUCCGACAACGACCAAAGCGAUGCCAGCGACGAUGAUGAAAUAGCCAUCAUCAAAGCACGUGCGAAGAGAAGGAACGGUCAGAAAAUUCACGUCCGGAGGAAAAUUAAGACUCCCAUACAAGAAGAGACGGAAUUAGAAAUCAUCGAGAGACCACAGAAGGUCAAGGCAGUUGAAAAGAAACCGAAAAUUAAACAAACUAAAACCAGUGAACUCAGACAAAAACGCGCUUCGAGUGAAGCAAGAUCAUCACAGUCUAGAUCUUCCAAAUCAGGACUAAGAAAAGACGUUUUAAGAGAAAUCUCCGCGUCUCUAGAACAAAGCGACGAAAGUCAAAGCGACGCCGAAGGUUACUUUGCAAAAGAAGCUCGAAGAGAAUCCAACGAAGUAUUCUCAGACGACAGCCUGGAAAUAAGUCCACGUUCCGAAAAGACCACAGAUUCCAGCAAGCAAAAAUACCACUCGGAAUCAGAUCUCCGAAUUGUCUCAUCCCAAAGCCAUAGACACUCUUCAGAGAAGCGACAACAAGAAGCACUAAAAUCUCAAAGCCACACAGACUUAACGAAAAUAAAACCUACUUCAAAGAAAGCUGUGAGCAAAAAGCAGAGGCGUGGAUCAAGAUAUAUGGAAUGGUACAAACCCACUGACAAAUCGAAAACAAAAGACGCAAAAUCUAACAAGGACAAAACAGAAAAAGAAAUUAAAAAAGAGGAAACUAAGCCUUCAGAAGCUACAGCAGCAGUACUAAACGACAUUGAUUCUAGUUUUCGAAAGAAAUCGGAUUCUAAGAAAAACGUUCUAGGUCCAGAACAUCCCCUGUUGCAACAUUCAGAGCAUAGGUUCGAAGCCCAGUAUCCCAUAAUACAAAACGCACUACCGAGGAGGCCCGAAGAUGACGCUGACUCGGGAAUUGCGCUGUCCAAACCACCCAAGGCCCAGAAGAAGAGCGUGUUCACUAUAGCGUACGAUGACAUGCACACCAGUCAGUUGAGGAAUGAUAGCACAUCACCGCCAUAA